CUGUAUAAAUCUGUAUACUGUAUAUUAAAGCAGGACAUUUCCGCGUUUUUUCUUUUUAAAAAAUCAUGAAUUUUGGCGUUUUAGCCUCGAUACUUUUGUGGUUUAUUGGCACAAUUUUGAUUGCUUUUGGUUGUCUAUUCCUGUGUUUUAUGCUAUACUUGCAUUAUGUGCACAAACAGAACGCCCAUUUGCCAGGACCACCGCGUUCAAGCUUCAUAUUUGGCAACCUUGCUGACUUCUGGAAAUACAAGAAAGCGACAGGCAAAACUUUGGCUGAAUAUUCGCUGGAAAAGCGACUGGAAUAUGGACCAAUCUUUUUGAUAACGUAUUUUCACAGAUGUGUCGUAUACCUUGCCGAUCCAAACUAUAUUAGAGAAGUAUUUAUAAACAACCAUAAAUAUGUAUGCAAGGCCCCUUUCGUUUAUCAUAAAUUUGGGUUUAUAUUUGGGCAGAGGGGUAUCGGGUAUGGCAUAGUUACGAAUGUUGAUGACUUAUCCUGGCGUAAGAAACGGCACAUUAUGAAUCCAGCUUUUCAUCGGAAAUGCUUGAAAGAUUUCAUGACGAAUUUCAAUGAUGUUUCAGAUAGAUUUUUGAUUCGCAUGGGCAAGGUAGCUGAUGGUGGUAAACCUGUCAGUAUGGUUCAAGAAUUUGCAAAAGUCACACUCGAAGCUAUAAGUCAAGUGUCAUUUAAUAUCAAUACCAGUGCAAUCGAGGACCCAGAAUCUCCAUUUCCCUCUGCAAUUCGCAACUACUUCGAAGGAGCACAAGCAAACUUUGACAUUCCCUUAAACUCUGUAUUUAUGUCAAUUUUUCAAUUUAAACUAUUUCAAACAGAUUCCCAAAGAGUUCAAAUAAAUGCAGCCCAAUUUCUUCGAAAAUUUGCUUCAGAUUGCAUCACCACUCGAAUGCAGGACAUUGCUGAAAACAAGGAUGUACCCAACGAUUUGCUGAAUCUUUUGAUUAAUGAUGGUAGUUUAACAAGAGAGGAGAUCAUUGACGAAUUCAUAACAAUAUUUAUUGCUGGCCAAGAAACAACGGCAAAUUCAUUGGCAUUUACUUUAUAUGAAAUUCUCAGAAACCCCCAUGUUGAAGCAAAGCUUUUGAAUGAAAUCAAAGAAGUUCUUGGUGAGCGACAAGAAGUUAAAUUUGAUGAUUUGGCAAAACUCAAAUACAUGGGUCAGGUAUUGGAAGAGAGUCUUAGAAAGCAUCCCAUUGCCAUAGCACCUACAAGAAUUUUGGGAAAAGAGAUCAUGGUUGGAGGCUAUCGAAUACCAAAGGGAAAUGGAAUUGGUAGCAGCCCCCUCUACUUUGCAAUGAACCCAGAAAUCUGGAAAGAUCCCAAAGUUUUUGACCCAGAAAGAUUUGCAGAUGCUGGAAACAUCCCAAACCUGAGCAUGAUACAUUUUCCAUUUUCCAUUGGUCCUCGUAAUUGCAUUGGACAAACGUUUGCAAAAUUUGAGUCCAAAGUUAUCCUUGCAAAGCUGUUUCAACAUUUUCAGUUCAAGCUUCUGCCAGAUCAAACUGAUCGAAUGUUGGGUAGGAUAACCAUGACACCUCGGGAUGGUGUGAUGUGUGAAGUUAGUAGAUGCACUGGCCUGUAUGAUGGUGAGUAAGAGGAUAGGCAGUGGCUCUAAAGGCUGUAAUCACCCUGAAGAAUUUCUAAACCUCUUAAUCAAUAUUUAUUAUACUUACAGUAAUUAAUUCCCUAGACUCUUAAAUAAUAUUAUUUGGCAUUACACAUAGAAAAGUAAAAAUGUCAAGGUAGAGACUUUGUGCAUUAUCCCAGAGGAGAGAGGGUGACUGUAAUUGUCCCAAAUAAUUUCUAAAAGCCUUUAUACAAGAUUUUAAAUUUGUAUAAUUGCAGGGUGUUAGCUAGCCCACAUAAGAGAGUUUAAGAUCUACGACGCGGCUGGCUCAACGACGCGCUUGCGAAAGAAAGAAAUCUAUCAUGCAAGACAAAAACUGUGAAUAAAUUUGUGGUCCCAGGGGUAUUCUCAACGGCUUUGUCAUGCUCAACAGAACGUUAAACUAAGCAUUAUCACGUCUUUCAUUAUCACUUAAAGUCGAAAUUACAGCAAACAUUGCAUCGCUUUAGUCAAACUUAGCAGUUUGUAAUGUUAUUUGAAAAUCGUCAAACAUUUAUUACAGUAAUGAAAUUAGCUUAGCGUUCAUUUUUUAGGUGAAAUUCAGACCGCGCCGUUGAGCCGGCCGCGUCGUAGAUCUUAAACUCUCUGUACUGUCCGUUUGACAGACUCUUCCCAAUUGAAGUAGCUAAGGGGCUUUCCCAACUGGGUCUACUGGAAGAUAUUCAUUUUUUCUGAUGUGAAAGUGCAUUGGGUUUGAUUUUAUAUUAUUAUAUCAAAGAAUGUUUUAUUUACUUUUUCCCAUUGACUAUUUUCUCAAAGUGUAUCGCUUUCCAUUCAUAUUGGGUGUGUAUUCACUGAAAUGAAAUGUACAAAACAAAGUGUAAUCGGUGUGCAUCCGUGUUCAUUCACCGGAAAUGAAAUAUACAAAACGAAGUGCCAUCGGUUGCAUUUUUCAGUGAUCAUUCACCGGAAAUGAAAUGUACAAAACCAAGCUACCAUUGUUUGCAUCUAAGGAGAAACAUGUUGGAAAAAAACACUAUUUAUUCCGACUUUGAUCGGUCAAAAAAACUUUCCCACUUUGCGUUUAACGGACAAAACUUUUUUUUCUGGCUAACACCCUGAAUUGGGCAUGACAAACUCAGUACCCAUUGGGAUACCAAACAAAUUUCUCUUCUCCACAGAUGUUCCUUUUAUACCAUACCUUACAUUCAGUAUUUUAUCAAAUUCAUUACAAUUUUUAAAAACUCAGUUUGCCUUGUUUCAGUGUUUGGAUACUACUGUGCAAAUAUGGGAUACUAGUUUUCUGGGAUGGAAACCAGAUCUCAAGUUUCUAGUAUCCCACUGGAUGGUGCUGAAAAUUUCAAGCUCUGCCUUUUAGUCUCUACACUCUACAUAAAAAAUGGAAGUGGACUAAGAUAGAGACUUUGUAUCCUAUUAAGCAGCAAGGCACUCUACCAAAUGCUGUUACUUGAAAAAUACAUCUAUUUUUUCUUGCAAACCUGUAUGCCAGGGUGCUUGCAACACUGCAAGAAUCCUAAGAUGGGUUUAGGAGUAUGCUCCAAUAUGUAGCAUGCGAGCAGGCUCUAUACUUGCAGGCUAGCCCUCUGGAGAAUGUGUAUGGUUCCUAGAACAGUUGAAGAAAAACCAUCACCACGAAC